UGGCUUUAGGAACCUUGUUCUAAUAAGACCAAAAUGUUUUACAAUAAAAAUACCAUUUUAGAAACCUGUUAUUAUGAAAUGUUAGCGCUUAUACUAGUAUCAAUUUAAACGAGGGGCCUCGCGACUCGUGACUCGUGAGACGCGUCUAUUGACUAUUUGUCCAUAAUUUAGUCAUGCUUGUGUUGAUACAACACAUACACAAGUUUUGAUAUGAUAUCGUUGAGGUUAGAAUUGUGGUAAUUUAAUUUUAACUUUUAUUAAAUGUUAGAUCAAAGUGAGAAGAAGAGAUUGAAGCUAAUUUAUUAUGUAGAAUUAUAUUAUAUGCAGCUAACUAUUUUUCACAUACAAAUAAUAAUUCCACAAGAUAAAAUAGCAAUAUUGUUUCGUCGUCACAGUGUAAAUAGUUUUAAUGCUUUACUUGUUAUCGCUCUGCAAGUGAACUGAAGUGCCAUGAAAUAUAAUCAACUACGAUAAGAAUACAAUAAACUGUUAGUCUGAAACUUUUUGUAUAUGUGGCCGGCUGGUUAUUUGUUUACAUAUUGAGUACACAAUAAUUUGACAUCAUGAACGGAAACAAAAGUGAUUAUGUGCCGAUUGUUGACCUUCCUGCUGAUUCCAGGAUGGACAAGUUAAGUAAAGCAUUUUAUGAUGAGUUCCAAGUAAAACCAACUUUUAUUGUUAGAGUACCAGGGAGAGUAAAUAUUAUUGGUGAACAUAUUGAUUAUUGCGGCUAUCCAGUGUUGCCAAUGGCUUUAGAACAAGACAUAUUAGUAGCAGCUCAUUGUAUCGAGGAUGGUAAACUUUAUGUACGUAACAAAUCAGCUAAAUACAAAAGUAUGGAAUUAAAAAUUACAUCUUACGACGAUAUUAAAAUUGAACCGGAUAACAAUGGAAAACCAUUUUGGUACAAUUAUGUACUUUGCGGAAUAAAAGGCGCAUUAGAACAUUUAAAGAAUAAAAUUAACGUUGGCCUACAAUUAUUAAUUGAUGGAAAUAUACCACCAGCAUCAGGCUUAUCGAGCUCUUCAGCUUUAGUAAGCGCAGCAUGCUUAACAUUUCUACAUGCUCAGGGCGCAAAAUUAAGUAAAACAGAAAUAGCGUCAUUGUGCGCGAAAAGUGAGAGGUAUAUUGGGACACAAGGUGGAGGUAUGGAUCAGGCCAUUGCUUUUUUGGCUGAAAAAUACUGUGCCCAGUAUAUUACUUUUCAUCCACUCAAGGCUGUUUCCGUAGCUUUACCUGAAGAUGCCACUUUCGUCGUAGCUCACUCACUAGCCGAAGCAAACAAAGCAGCUACAAAUGAUUUUAACAGAAGAGUUAUAGAAUGUAGAUUAGCUGCAAAAAUUAUAGCUACAUCGCUGAACGUUUCAAAUGAUCAUACAAUAAUAACUUUGAGUCAACUGCAGAAUAUGCUAAAAGAAGACUUGAAGAAAAUGGUGCUAUAUGUAUUUUAUUACCUGCCAAAUGAUUUAUAUACCAAAAAAGAUAUUUGUCAACUUUUAAAAAUUACUGAAGAUGAACUAAAUAACAUAUAUUUAACUCCUAAUACCAGACAUCUUACUGAAUUUAAACUCAAACAGAGAGCUCUACACGUUUACGAAGAAGCUAUGAGAGUUGAUGAUUUCCGUAAGAUGUGUAUCGAACAAACAAAUGGAAAAUCUACAGCCAACGGUCAAAACGGUCAUGUUGAGGAAGAUGUAAUAGGAAAACUAGGCGAAUUAAUGUCACGCAGUCACGCCAGUUUAAAAGAACUUUAUGAAUGUUCCCAUGAAAAUUUAGAUUCGCUUGUCGAUAUUUCUCAAAAAAUGAAUGUUCAUGCUAGAGUCACAGGUGCAGGUUGGGGUGGUUGCAUUGUUGCAUUGUGCCACAAAGAUAAAGUGAAUGACUAUAUCGAAGCAUUAAAAGAGGAAUACUAUGUCAAAAAAUGUAACAAAGAUAAAAACAAGACCGACGCUUACGUAUUCGCCACUUCACCUAAUUACGGGGCGGCAAUUUAUAAAAUAUGAUUUUU